GAGACCAUAAGAGAGAGACCAAAAGAGUGCGAGUGAGCAGAUAGGUGAGACUGAAGCCUCUGAGAGGCAGCACCUGACAGGCGGAGGGCGGCUGUGGCUGGGUGCCCCAACAGUCCUCUUGCCCCCUGUCCUUGGGACCCCAGAGCUGCCCUUGAUGGAGGAGGGCAGGCCUCGGAGCAGCCUCAGCCUGGCCAGCAGCGCCUCUACCAUCUCCUCGCUCAGCAGCUUGAGCACCAAGAAGCCCACCCGAGCAGUAAGCAAGGUGCACGCCUUCGGAAAGAGAGGCAAUGCGCUCAGAAGGGAUCCCAACCUCCCAGUGCACAUCAGAGGCUGGCUGCAUAAGCAGGACAGCUCCGGGCUCCGGCUCUGGAAACGCCGCUGGUUCGUCCUCUCUGGCCAUUGCCUUUUCUAUUACAAGGACAGUCGUGAGGAGAGCGUCCUGGGCAGCGUUCUGCUCCCCAGCUACAGUAUCAGGCCAGAUGGGCCGGGAGCCCCCCGAGGGCGGCGCUUCACCUUCAGCGCGGAGCACCCGGGCAUGAGAACCUACGUCCUGGCCGCAGACACGCCGGAGGACUUGCGCGGCUGGCUGCGCGCGCUGGGUCGGGCCUCCCGCGCGGAGGGGGAUGAUUGUGGGAGACCCAGGUCGCCUGCACGUCCCCAGCCUGGGGAGGGCCCUGGUGGCCCCGGGGGUCCCCCGGAGGUGAGCAAAGGGGAAGAGGGGCGCACCUUAGAAUCGCCGGAAGUGGCUCGGCUAUCCAGAGAUCGCGGCCGCCCCGGGCUGCUCACUCCCGGUUCCACCGCCGACCUCCAGUCUGGACCCGGGAUUCAGAGGAGGAUGCGGAGUCCCGACCUGUUCGCACCCCUCUCUCGCCCUCCCUCCCCUCUGAGCCUCCCGCGGCCCCGUUCUGCUCCUGCACGCAGACUCCCUCCCUCCUCAGGUGACCCAGCACCCCCUACCAGACCCCAUACCCCACUGAAUCGCAUUGAUGUGCGCCCUCCCUUGGAUUGGGGCCCCCAGCGCCAGACCCUUUCCCGGCCUCCCACUCCCCGCGGAAGACCCGAGGCCGGGGGAGGAAGGCCCCCCAGGAGUCCCCAGCCCUGGAGUCAGGAGGCCAGGACCCAGGCCCCCUCUGGCUCCUCCACUUACAUCCAGCUCCCCCCAAGGUCUCCUGGGACACGGGCUUCUAUAGUUUUAUUGCCGGGUCCUCCCCUGGAUUCAUCCUUCCACCAAAGCUUGGAGACAGAUACUCUGUUGACCAAGUUGUGCGGGCAGGACCGGCUCCUGAAGAGGCUGCAGGAGGAGAUAGACCAGAGACAGGAGGAGAAGGAGCAGCUUGAAGCAGCCCUGGAGUUGACCAGGCAGCAGCUGGGCCAAGCAACCAGGGAGGCUGCGGCUCCCCCAAGGGCCUGGGGGCGCCAGCGCCUCCUGCAGGACCGACUGGUCAGUGUGAGGGCCACUCUUUGUCACCUGACUCAGGAGCGAGAGCGGGUUUGGGACAUGUAUAGCGGGCUGGAGCAGGAGCUGGUCACCUUGAGAGAGACCCUUGAGUACCUGCUGCACCUUGGGUCCCCCCAGGACAGAACAUCUGCUCAGCAGCAGCUGUGGAUGAUGGAAGACACACUGGCAGGUCUGGGGGGCCACCAGAAACCGUCCCCCAACACUGAGCCUGAUUCCCCAUCCCCCGCACUCCAAGGCGAGGAGUCUUCAGAGAGAGAGAGCCUGCCUGAGUCCUUGGAACUAAGCUCACCCCGGUCCCCAGAGGCUGACUGGGGGCGGCCCCCUGGGGGCGACAGAGAACCUGCCAGCCCUCGCGCAGGUCUUGGAUCUUCAAGGAUCUCCCAGGCUCCUAGCCCUGACGGUCGCUGCCCUCCUUCCCCACAGCCAGGGAGUAAGGCCCCCCUGGCCCGGCCCCGGAUGAGUGCCCAGGAGCAGUUGGAAAGAAUACGUAGAAACCAGGAGUGUGGACGGCCUCUCCCUCGCCCAGCUUCUCCCCGGCUGCUCAGUCUGGGGAGGACACUGUCCCCAGCCAGGUGCCAGCCUGAUGUGGAACAACGGCCUGUCCUAGGACACACAGGAGCCCAGAAAUGGCUCAGAAGCUCUGGGUCCUGGAGCAGUCCAAGGAACACCACCCCUUACAUACCUACAUCAGAAGGUCACCGGGAGCGAGUCCUCAGCCUCUCUCAAGCUCUGGCCAAUGAGGCGUCGCAGUGGCACAGAAUGAUGACAGGUGGAAACUUGGACUCCGGAGGAGAAGCUCUUCCCUCGGUGCCGCGGCCCCCGUCAAACCCCAAGCCCCAGGUGACCUCGCCCCCAAGAUCUCCUCCUGCGGCCAAUUCCCGCCCCACCGGGCUCUCCCGCCGAGGCGGCGGACGCGGCACGGGCCCCGCCCCCUGGGAGCCCACGUGGGAGCCCGGGGCGGCCCCUCCGUCCUUGACCCCAGACGAGGGGGCGUGGCCUCUGCGAGUCACUCUGCUGCAGUCCAGCUUCUGACCGCGGCAGCCAAUUGGAGCGCGAGGGCGUGGCCUGGGGAGCCGGCCGAGACCCCGAGCCACCCCCGGCGCCCCGAGGCGUGAUCUGGUCCUCGCCCGCGGCCUGCACGGGGAGGGGUUUCUAUGGCCAAAAUUUGGUUUUCCCAGCACUUGUCCAAAUUCGGAUUAAAAUUUUGAACUUUUAGUGAA